UCGAAACCGAACAGCGUACAAGACGGAUAUCACACUUCCAUUACAAGUGAAAUGUCCGGCAGAAAAACACAGAACGUGGUGUCCGCUCGAAAAACCAAGGAGUUGAAUGCAACUAACGUAGCGGCAGAGAAUAAGCCACCAAUUUGGCCAGAAUGGUCCGACCAGGAUAUCAAUGCGGAAAAGUGGGAUGAUGUACAAAACGGAAAGGAAAGAUCAAAACAAACUGCGUCGGCAGUAUUUUUCUUUGAUCCUGAGGGAUCGGUUGCAUUGCCACCGACGCUGAAUGUCGCCUACACCAAAAGGCCGCAUGAAUUUAUUACAGAGAGGACUCCUGUCGUGUACGAUCUUGAGACGGUGCAUCGAGUGGAUCUAUACCAAUUAAACGAACAUUUGUUCGCUUGCGAGGCCAUGCGAUGGAUAAUAUGUGAAGUACAAAACCUCUGGAUGGCUGGCAGACAGAGCAUGACAGGCCCAAAUUCAUCCACUGUUCCGUCUCAAGACUGGAUGUAUCGUUGGCGUCCCUGGGAGCAUAUAUAUGCUAUUAGUAAGAUUGGGAAAGAACCGAACACACCUCAGUAUAACCCAUUUGGCAAAUACGUUGUGAAAUUGCACUGGAUGGGCUGUUGGCGAAAGCUCCUUGUUGAUGAUGUGAUCCCAUUCGGAAACGACCACUCUAUACUUCUCCCACGAAGUAGACAGCCAUACGAGUUGUGGCCCAUGCUGCUAACCAAGGCUCUACUGAAGAUAGCUUCACUGUGUUGUGGAGGCGCUUGGGAUCACUCAGGAUUGAGAGAUUUCAGUGCUAUCCAGUGCUUAACUGGAUGGCUGAAGCAGUCAAUAACAGUUCGCAAGCGUUGGCCUGAUUCUCUAUGGCACUAUCUACAAAGUCACAUACCGGCGUGGGAAAGACCUGAAGAUUCAGGUUCGAAGGCGAACCAGAGCAAUGAGUUAACCCCUGAACAACCCGAAGGAAAAAUCAAAAUGAAAGAUGCAAAGCGCAGCGUCAAGGAUAAUCUGAAAGCCAAGAAAAAUGUCGAAAAGAUCAAAAGCGAUGGAAAGGAGAAAGCAGAAGCAACAAAGUCAUGGACGACGAAUGAAGCCGUAUCACGCACGCAGAAGGUCAUGAUGUUUGUAUCUUACGAAAAUUUACAUGAACAAUCAAGUGAACGGGAUCCGGAUGCCAUAAACGAGGUAUCUCGCAACGAGCGGCUGAAAGCAAUGGGGUUUGACAUUCCUUAUUCACAUCCGAUUAUGCUGUCCACAUGGCGGUCCAUACCACUGAUAGAACCGGCACCGAAAAAACCGACUCCAAACUGGAAGCUUAUUCGGCCAAGACCAGCAGAUUUCCCACUUUUUGUUCCCAUGGCGGAGAAGGAACCACAAGUUGAAGUCGAACCGGUUCGGUCUUUACAGUUGACCACUCUCCUACGAAACUCAUCCUUUGCAGCAGCAGUCGAGCAAGUCCCUUCUCUGCCCAUUUCCACCGAAAUUUCAAAAGAAAGAUAUGCAGCGAAGCCGGAUCCGCAGGCUGACAGAGUACACACCAAGCCACGCAAGCCUACGGGCAGACGCAAAGGUGGCGCUGCGUCACCCAUACAACCGCCGGCAUCCCACGGCAGGAAUCAGCAACCAGUGCGCAGCGAUUCCGGAACAGGACGAUCUGUCAAGUUCAAGAACCAUGAAACCGUUCGCAAGAUGGCUGGAACUGGAGGCACAACAUCGACAAUGGCACUCGCAGGCAACGGGUUGAAGAACGGGGAGCUAAGUGAACAGCACGGCGAAGAGGAAACACGAGACGAGGUGCAACUAAUAACAGCGCAACCACUGGAGCGUUGGAUCGAUAUAAACGAAUUCUGCGAACUGUUCACUUCCGUGGAAGUUUACCACAACACACAAUCCUAUCCGGUUAUGAAAAGCCAUUCAGUUACCAAAGGUGUAAGAUCAAGUACUGAUAAGAUAGCACCGACAAAUGUAUACUUGCUGAGUGAUAGUCUUUCUCCGGUCGAACUAAUUCUGGGCUUUUCUGUGAUCCCGCACUGGCCCCAAGCUUCGGUUAGCAGCAUGUGUCUACCGCUCAUGCAAGAGUUGGAUGAACAGCCCCAGGACCAUGGAGAGGCGGUGCCCUCAGAGACCCCACAUGGGCCAACCACUAAGGUCAUGGAAAAUCAGGUAACACGAGCUCCAUCAGUUGUUACCGUGGUGAUUGAAACAUGUCAUUGGUUUCCGCCCCGACUGGGUGAACCGGUCAAGCGGCUGCAAGUCAGUGGUAGUCGUGCAGCGUCUUUGUUUCUUCCAUCUGGUCGACAUAGUUUCGCCAUAAAUAUCAGCUCACCGCUCGGAUAUAACCUUACAGUACUCGGGGCAGCUCAAACUUCGUCCAGCGACAACGUUGAUGAAAAACUUGGACCCUGUUCUACGCUGAUCCACAAAUCAUCGGGCAAUUCUGCAGAAGCAGCUGCGCCCUAUCUGUACUUGGGUGAUGAAGACCACAUAUUGUCCACUGGGCUGACAACGCUCCCACUCAGUCUUCGCCAGUAUAGUGAUCAUUUAGUCGAAAGCAUGCAUGAAUUCGGUGUGGCCUUGGCGUGUCUGAGCAAUCCGGAUGAAUGGCCCUCAGCAGCUUCAGAAAUCAACACAGCCGGUGUCAGAGGGGAAGAGUUUAAACCGGAUGUGGAAAACGCUAUUUCUUCAUUGCAGUUAUCCUCCCCUGAGUUCCAGUUGACUGGAUGCGCUUCAUGGAUUUUGAAAUCAUACCAAGAGAAACACAGGAAUAUGUGUCAUUUUCUGUCUCCAAGUGGAGGAGAUAAAUCCUGUGACUUGGGUAGAAUCAAGAAUAAGAACCAUCAACGUACGCUUUUGGCAGUUUUACAGAAAAUACUUGUUUCGGACAAGGACGGAAGGUCUGCUGCAUCCGAAAUGAAUCUGGCAUGGAGGGCGAUUCAGUUGGAUAUGAACACCUUCAAUCCUUUCAAUGCGAAGUACAGCAUCACCAAUCCAAGACAUCCGGGUACGACAAGUUCGACUGCGAAGCAAAAGGGAAAGGGGCAUAGUGCACGUACCGAAAGGCAGUUGAUAGUCAAAAGCAUGUUGGACGAAGAGUUUCUGCAACGAUGGUCACAACCUGCAGAUCAGAACAUUCUGAAUGCUAUUGUGCGCAUACAAGCGGCUUAUCGCGGAUAUCGAGUACGACAGCUUCAACAACUUCGUAACCCAACCUACGUAAUUGCCCUCGUACUCGGACUUCGUACAGGCCCCGAUGGGAAUGAAGGCCAAACCGAUGGGAUGUGCACUCAGCCUACAGGGGUAACGGCGUUUGCUACCCAAGGAAGACUAAAGAAGUUGUUGACUAAGGCCGAGCGCAUCGGCAGGGGUUGGAAACUGUGCAUGGAUAUGCUUUUUCGGGCUCACAAAGAAAGUGGAAUCGGAGCAGAAUUGGUUCACAAUUUGGUCCGAGGAGUAUCAACCCCUUUCACCAAAGAUUUAUCUCAGUAUGUUAGUUAUCGUGACUACCAUGGGACACACGCCGAAAUUCCAGCUCCAGCGACCGUGAUUAACACAAUUGCCGGCGAUCCAGAUGAAGUCAACAUUGAGUGGCUUAAACUAGUCUUUCGUGCUGCAUUCCAAGUAGUCUCCGAACCGAACGGUGACAAGAUGAGGCCAACGGAAAUUCACUUCUGUAUGAGGUGCCAAAAUAGUUUGCCUGGAAGUCAUUUGAUACUCAUGGAUAACGACAACGGUGCGAUGCUCCUGCAAAGUUCCUCUGAAGUGGAUAAUUGGAUCAGACUUUGCACGAAUAGAAACGGCUACGCAUUGUUAUGCGUUGCUGGCCCGGGACCGACUUCUCCGUGUUCGUGGCAGCUGCGAUUGGUUGGAUCUGGGAUCUUAGGUGAUCUCGGUUUGCCACAGCUACUUGGUCCCAUAACUAGACAGCUUUGCACAACGUUCCAGGAAGUUGAGCUGUCCGAUUAUUACGUGCCACAUCCGAAAGGUCUGCUAUUUAAACGGCAACUCGAGGUCUCCAAAACGCAACUACUAAGCUUUCAGUUGCGAGUUUCCGCUCCAGACGUGCCGCUUUGUCUGCUUCUGCGAAGGAACGGAACAGUGGUAGCUAGCGCCCACAGCAGAGGAGAUGCACGUAUAUUGUCUCAUCUAGUGGAGUUCACUCCGCCAAAAGAAUCGUCGAGAAGCGCUACUGACGAAAUUGACGCGAAAGUGGAGGUUAUCACAAGAUCGUCAGCACGAAGAAAAGGUUCAAGGUCACCGUCCAUCCGACGAGCACUACAAGCCAAGCAGUCCGGCCGAACAGACAGCAGAGCACAAGUGUCAGUGCGUGCGCCGUUAUUCAAGCGCGGUGUUGGCAAACGCAGUCGUCCGGCCGUUCCGUCAGGACAACAGCUUAGUGCUUCACGCUGCUCACAACCCGUGUCACCUCGUUCGGGUGAUUGGAUUGCAGAGGAAAUUGAAAUUAGACACGCCAAAUGCUCAUACAAUUCUUCACAAAGCCAGGGAAGAGAGGAGGAAACGCGAGCUUUCACGGCGGAAAGAGACCGCUGCAAUCAAGUUGCAGGCACUGGCCAGAGGAUUUUUGAGUCGGCUAAGAACGGCAAGUUUUCUUCCCUUCGAGUUGCAUCUUUUACAGAUUUGUCCUCUUCGCUUGCAUUUUGUCCACAGUAUCGCGCUUUCAGUGAUGCGUUUAACGAAGUGUCCUGUGAACUGAACCUUUUGGUCUCCCAAGUGGCAUCGGAUCAACACACGACUGUCGACACCUUCCAGUUCAGCCGCACGUUACAUCGAUUGCUGCGCUAUUUGAAUUGGCUUUGUCGAACAAAGCCACAUAGUAGAGAUCAGCUGUUUGUCGCUUGCCGUCUUCUACUAUCAAACGUCGGUCGCGAUGCUUCACUGUCCUGGCUGUCAACCGAUUCUCCUUCUGAUCGAAUCGGCGCUGAUUUUCGAUACACACUCGGUUGCACUCUAUGGGUUAUUUUGCGGUAUAUCGCAGACUUGCCUCCUCAGUCCUUUUCAACGAACUUUGCAGUUCCACUGCGUGUCCUCGAGAAUAUGAUUAACCCCACCCAGGAAACACCCAAAACUCUCCCGUUCAUUUCCCCUGAAUUUCUUAUUGCUGCAAAUCGUUUUUGGCUCUAUCGGUUUCUUGCACAUCGUCAGUAUUUCCGAAUCAUUGCACAGUUUAUCGACAGACAAUUACCGAUUAAGGCCGGUUACUUGGUUGAUGGAACUGGCUCAAACGCUCCCAGUGUUUUUGAUCCAGUGGAGUUCAGCAAAACACCCAAGACUAAUACCUUUAUAAACUUGUUCCUGUCUCCGAUUACGUGGACAUCCGAGUGUCAGUCGACCAAUUCGGAAGAACGCGACUCCACUCUUCGUUAUUUGUUGGCAGCUGCGUUGAACCAGCUACUUGUGCCCACAGCCGACGGGUUCGCCACAAACGAACGCAUCAUUUGCGGCAUUGUGCCACGGUUAUUUGACUGCUCCCUCGCACUUCGGAUGGUUCCGCGCAUGUGUCUUUCUCGGCACCAUUUCGACUGCCCUUCCGUUGAUGAUGACCACCUCAUCCCGUCCAUCCACUUGCUGUACACCUUGGUUGCUGUCGUUGUGCCCAAGUUGAUGUCCCUUCCCACCACCCCGUCGCCUGUCGAUCAGCGGGACCCGGUCGAAAUGGAAAUCGAUUCUACUGAUACAAAGGAAGAAGCUCCACAGAUGGUGCCUAACUGGAAGUCGAUCAUGUGCUGUGACUCACUGUCAAGCGACGUGGCUGCUGAACUCGUUCGCUGCAUCGCAUGGCUGUUGGCUAAGACGGUCUACCCUCCUAACCUCCCUUGCCCUCGUCCGCUUACACCACUCAAACCGUUGGCACUUCUAUGCACAGAGAACUCGGACCGGCUCUCUAGUGAUGACGAAGCCGACGACGAUCGGCACAGUGAACUGAAUGGGGCAUUCUUCGUUCAGACCUCCGGGUCACUCGUGUCAGCUGAUGUUUACCUGCCGGCUUGGGAUAACGAAUUGCUGACAAUCUUUUCCAGUCUGAGAAGGAUUCUACUCCCGCUGUCGUCUAGCGCCAUGUCCAGCAUUGGAUCCGAGGUUCUCUCUUCUCAUGCCUUGUCCGAUGAUCAAUAUGAUCUUGUCAGUUCGCUUGCACAACUUCAUUUUGCGUUGGAUCACAUCUACACCUUACCUUCCACUGCGAUGAUUGGGCUCAACUCCCUGUACUCACAGCAUCCUAUAUUCAUACGUUCUUUGUGGCAUUUGAUUCAACACUUGGAGCCUCGUCACUAUCGUCCCGGUUGCGGUACUCAUACUUUAUUUCGCUUACUCGUGUCUGGUGAGCUCCCCGAUUCGUUCUCCGACCUGCAAAGAUACAUCCCCUUGUUGAUGACAUUCGCCAGUUGCUUGCACCAUCGGCUUCUCUGUUUAACUGAUGUGGAAAUUGGUGGCGAGAGCUUUGAAACAGGCAGUUCCACAAUGAAGCCGACUUCACUUGGCUGCGGAUUUAAUGUUCAACAGUUACUUCAAGUCGGCUGUCAACUGCGUAAUUUAAUGCUUGGUCUGAUCAACAUAUCACAUCCGGAUCAACUACCUCAGCGUAACGAUUGCGACCCCACCAUGUCCAACUUCACCACACCUGAUUACCAGAAAUUGUUUGAACGUGUUGCUCAGAGGGCCGAGACAGCCGCUAUGGGUGGUGCGUCUCACUCUGACUCUUUCGGGUGCAGCCUUUCUGGAUGGUCCGUGCAAGACCUUCGCGCUCAGCUUCAUUGUUGGUCAAGUUUGUUCUACCGCGUGCAACGUUUGGUCUUUCAAAUUUACGACUGGCAUCGACGAGUGAGUCGACAGUCGGACACCGAUGCUUUGUGUUCGAAUGGCUCCGAAUCGUCUGAGACCGCCUUCUCCGCAUCCUACGACCGUGAGCGCCGCUCGAUUUGUGGCCUCCUUCCCACCGAAAGCCAAGCCGUCUGGUUCAAAGAAAGUAUAGCCACUUCCAUCGACACUUCGUUGAAGGGCUGGUUACGUGGCGGAGACAAAAUCACUCUGACGAUGUCAGGUGCUCCAUUUGGCUACCAUAGCCGGCUCAAUGCUGAUCGUGGUCGGGAUGGCACUGAUCCCCUCCUCUUGUCGAAUCGCGAGAUACGCCAGGUACUUAUUUUAAAGGAGCUUCCCUUUGUGAUCCCAUUCGAGCGACGUGUUCGACUUUUUCAACUGUUGGUCGAGUCCUCUCGAAUCUCUGUCCAGGGCUCUCACGUUCCAAGUCUGGCCGCUCUGGCCACUCAUUCCAGCGCAGAACGAUACCCGGAUGUGUCCAUACUGGUACGCCGAACACACUUAUACGAAGAUUCAUUUGACAAGCUAUCCAAAGAGAACGAGGCCAACUUGCGCCCACGUUUGCGCGUUCGGUUUAUGAAUCAGGUCGGUGCAGAGGAAGCUGGUAUCGACGGGGGCGGUCUGUCACGCGAAUUCCUCUCCGAACUCAUCCGUGAUGGAUUCGAUCCAACCCGUGGAUUCUUCAUCUACACUGCAGAAAAGACCUUGUACCCGAAUCCGCAAGCGGCCGCAAUCGCUGAAGACUACCUAAAGCACUACUACUUUUUAGGUCGUAUAUUGGCCAAGGCUCUCUACGAAAGUAUGCUCGUGGAUUUGCAGUUUGCCCACUUUUUCCUCGCCAAAAUUGCCAGUCGCAGUGGGGGUUGUGUAGGAUUUGAUUACUUGCGCUCGCUGGAUCCGGAGCUGUACAGACAAUUACAAUAUCUAAAAACUUACACUGGGGAUGUGAAAAAUUUAUCAUUGGAUUUCACAAUCGUCCAGUCCACAUUUGGCCAAUCUGAGGUGAUCGAUUUGAAACCAGGCGGACGCUGCAUUCCGGUGACCAACGAGAAUCGGGUGGAAUACAUGCACUUGGUGGCUCACUACAAGCUUAACAAACAGAUUUAUCCUCAGGUGCGUGCGUUCGCCGCCGGUUUGAACGAUGUGAUCUGCAUCGAUUGGCUGCGUCUAUUCGAUGCCGAUGAACUACAAAUUUUGAUUUCCGGAGCAAAUACAGUGAUUGACAUCGAUGAUUUAGAAAAACAUACCGUCUAUCCCAAUGAUGCCAGCGAACACAAAGAGACUCUGGAAUAUUUCUGGACAGUGCUUCGCAGUCUUUCCGAGUCCGACAAACGUCUCUUCCUUCGCUUCGUCACUGCCUGUUCCCGACCUCCUAUGUUUGGGUUCCGGGAUUUGCAGCCCCCAUUUUCCAUCCAGGUUACUCAAGAGUUGGAUCGCCUGCCCACCGCGAGCACUUGUAUGAAUUUGCUGCGACUACCUGACUUCCGUGAUCCUGUGUUGCUACGCGAACGGCUCUUAUAUGCACUACAUGCGAACGCCGGUUUUGAAUACAGUUGA